AAAAUUUACAAUUUGAGAUAGAGUGAGUACCUUUUAUUAUGUAUGCUGCAUCCACGUAUCCGGCAAUCCACUUCCGAGUUUAGCUUGCGUCGCGACACACUGAGGAAUUCCACAUUGAGAAGCAUGUGAGGCCAGCGUUUCUCGGCGUGCCGUUGUCUGCUACCUUUCGCGGCUUCGCCUCUGCUCUGCUGCCGCGUCUCGUGUCAGGCUGUCAGCUAGCUUGGGGGCGCGGGGGCAGUGGGGCACUACGGCCGGCCAUGGCCGCCGCGGCGAGUACACCUCACUGCCACCGACCGUGGCAGCUGCUCGUCCCAGCGAAAGCGUGCGCGAGCCGCCGCACGGGCUGGCCUGCCGUAGCCGCAGGAGUCGGAGCUGGCGGUGCGCCGAACGCAUGGACGGGCAGGCUGCUACCGCCACCUGCAGCUCGGCGCGCCGUGAGGACCAAGGCCGGGGCGGCCGAGGCGCGGCCGUCGUCGCCGCCGGACGCCGUGACCUACAGCGCGAGCAUCUCCACCGACACGCCCCUCCACGAACCCCCUGGGGUCUCCUUCGACGAGUACCUCCAGGACAGCGCUCGCGUGUUCCGCGCCAUGUUCCCCGACGAGAGCAGGAGCCAGCGGGUCGGCGACGGGGAAUGGCGGGUCCAAAUGCUGCCGCUGCAGUUCCUCCUCCUCACCGUGCGCCCCGUCGUCGUCAUGCAGCUGCGGCACCGCCACCGCGCCGGCGGGCUCGACCUCCGAGUCACGGAGUGGGAGCUGAGGGGGCUGGACGUCAGCUACGCGCCCUCCAGCUUCGACCUCGACGUGAGCGGGUCGCUGUACGCCGACCGGAGCCGGAGCCGCGGGUGCCGGAUGAGAGGCCACCUGGAGAUCGCCAUCACCUGCGUCCUGCCGCCGCCCCUGCGCCUGGUGCCAGAGACUGUCCUGCGCGGCGUCGCCGAAUCGGUUCUGUCGAGGCUGGCGGAGAAGAUGAGGCGGGACGUGGACGUCGGACUCGUCGCCGACUUCAGGAGGUUUCACCGGGAGAAGGCGGCAGCGUCCAGGGCCACGCCGACGCUGGACGGGACGGCAUCGAGCAGAGACCAAGCCUCUGAAAGACAGAGUCGCUGAUGAUCCUAGCCUUAGCUUGUAUUGUACAUGGAGAGGUGUACGUGUGCAGCGUGAUCAUUUACAUCUGGUUUCUGCUAUAUACAGGAACUAAUCCGAGACUAGAACACACGGAAACACGGCGGAUCGGAGUCCAGUCCACUGUCUACAUAUGAAUCGAUCUCUGUAGCA